AUGGAGCCAGGAACCAGGAAAAGACCAAGAUCUUCCUUUAGUGAUUGGAAUAAUUUGUUAAAAAAGAAGUUUAACACAACAACAAAUAACAACAACAAUGAUUCAAAUAUACACGAUGACAAUACUUUUAAUGUGAAUAAAGAUAAUUCAAGUGUCAUUAUUUUGGAUUCUGAUGAUGAAAAUUAUGAAUUUAACGAUAUUGAUGAUGAUGCUGAUGAAAACACUUCAGGAAUUGCUGUUAAUGGACACAACAUUUAUGAUAAUGAUGAUAAUGAAUCAAUAGUUAUAUUGAAAGAAAAUCAACUUCCUCCUAAUUACACAGAGAGUGCAAAUUAUAACACUGGUAAUAACAACUUUGAUUAUAAUUAUAAUGAUGGAACUAGAUCUUUAGAUUUGCAAGAUCAAGAUAAAAGAAGGACAAAUUCAUUACCUCAAUUACCCUUAUCACAAAUUUCUUAUAGAAGAGUUUCUGAAUUGAUCAAAAUUGUAACUGAUGAUGAUGGUUAUUAUAUUGCUGAACCUGGUCAAUACUUUGCUAACGGACGUUUCAAAAUAUUGAGUAUUUUGGGUCAAGGUACUUUUGGGAAAGUUAUCAAAGCAUUAGAUUUAAAUUCAAAUGAAACAGUGGCUAUUAAAAUCAUUAGAGCAAUUCCAAAAUAUAGAGAAGCUUCUAAAAUUGAAUUAAGAAUCUUGACAACUUUGAAAAAUGCUGAUCCUGAAAAUUUAAACAAUUGUAUCCAUCUUAGAGAAGUUUUAGAUUAUGAAAAUCAUAUUUGUAUCAUUACUGAUUUAUUGGAUAUAAGUCUUUAUGAAUUUUUGCAAAAUAAUAAAUUUAAACCUUUCCCAGGUUCUCAAAUUCAAGCAAUAACAAGACAAUUGAUUAGAUCUGUUGCAUUUUUACAUGAUUUAAAAUUGAUUCAUACUGAUUUAAAACCUGAAAAUAUAUUGUUGACAAGUUCAGAUUUUGCCAAAUUCAAAAAGAAUAAAGUUUUGAAAAAUCCAUUAAUUAAUGUUAUUGAUUUUGGAAGUGCAAUCUUCAAUGAUGAAUAUCAUAGUGAAUUAGUUUCAACAAGACAUUAUAGAGCACCUGAAAUUGUUCUUGGAACUGGUUGGUCUUAUCCUUGUGAUUUAUGGUCAUUAGGUUGUAUUUUGGUUGAAUUGGUAACUGGUGAAGCUUUAUUCAAAACUCAUGAAAAUUUGGAACAUUUAGCAAUAAUGGAAAAAGUUUUAAAUUGUAAAAUUCCAAAUUCAAUGAUUAAAAAAAUCAAAAAUAAAGAAAUUUUAAAUUAUUUUAAAAAAAAUAAUUAUCAUUAUCAUCAAUAUUUGUUAAAUUAUCCAAAUAAUGAAACUCAAGAAAAAUCAAUAAAUUUUGUUAAAACCAUUAAAAAAUUGGAUGAUUUAAUUUGUUCAAAAUUAAAAAUUAAAAUUCAUAUAAAUAUGAAUGAUUCUUUACAAAAAAAUUGGGAUAAAAAUCAUUCAAAAAAUAAAUCUUUAAAUUUUGAAACUUUUCAAUUUUGGUUUUAUUUUAUUGAUUUAGUUAAAAAUUUGUUGAAAUUUGAUCCAAAUCAAAGAAUUUCUGCUAUUGAUGCAAUGAAUCAUCCUUGGUGGGAUUUUGGAACAAUUGAUGAAGCAACAAGUGGGUUGAUGAAUAAUGAUAAUAGUUUUGGUGGGAAAAUGAUAUAA